AUGCCAAAAUCCAGUUUGGAUAUUCUGAGGCCAAAGGGUCAAGUUCUUGUCUAUUCCUUCUCCAGAAAAAUAACCAGUAUGAGCAUAUCUGUCUUCCAUGAACUCAGUUUGUUGCAGAAGAGGGGUGCAAACCUGUUUGGUGGCGUGCAUGUGCGUGUAUUGGACGAAGAUCAGUUUAAAUCACUGAUUUUAGCUGUCGAUUCACUGCUUAAGCCAUCAAUUUCACCGUUUGGCACUGUUAAUGGGACACGAAAUGAAAUGCAAACUGUUGAACCUACUGAGUUUCCAUUUGAAUUUCGAGCUUUAGAAGUAGCACUAGUAGGUGUAUGCAGUUAUCUUGACACUCAGACACGAGAACUAGAGACCGCUGCUUACCCAGCUUUAGAUGAGCUCACCUCCAAGGAGAAGUAG